AUGAAUUAUGCAAGAAAAGAAGAUUUUAAAAGAUUUGAUUUGUAUAAUGCAUUCUCAAAUUUAAAUAUUCGUUUUCAAGAUCUCCUUCAAUGUAUAUAUCUUCGAUUAAAAAUUCAUUUUCCAUUCCAAAGAGAAUUUCAUUUUCAAUAUCGUCUUCAAAAUGUUAUUAUUCCAAAUAAAUCUCGAAUUAUUUCACUUUGUAUAAUUGAAAUACGAAAUAAUGAUGCUAUUUUCUCAUCGAUGAUUAUUGAUUCAUCAUUCAAUCGUCUUGAAUCUCUUAUUCUUGGAAAGAUUAAAUUCAAUAUUCUUCUAUCAGUUCUUCGAAGUUUAUCUGUUUUAUCUCGUCUUUUUUCAUUAACAAUAGUUGCUUCUGGUAACAUUAUCAAUAAUGAUGAUCCAUACAAUUUGAUAUUUAGUUUAUCUACUUUAAAAUAUAUUAAAUUUUCAUUCGAAACAAUUCAUCCACCAAUGGAAUUAUGGACAAAUAAUAAUUAUCAAUUAAAUACACUUCAAUAUAUGAUUUUAGAUCAUUCAUGUAAUCUAUCCACAUUGUUACAUAUGCUCUCCUUUACACCUCAACUUCGUCAUCUUUCUUAUCGUUUUUUAUAUGAAUUGAAUCAAUCUAUUACAAACAACAUUGAAAUAACAUUACCUAAUUUAACUCAUUUGUCAUUUUAUGAAUGUCAUUUAUCAUUUAAUCACUUAGAAAUCUUCAUUAAAAAAAUUUCUUCAACGAAAUUACAAGUACUACGUUUAACAACUCGUAAAGAUCGAGCUUAUUUUAAUGGUGAUCGAUGGAAACAAUUAAUUAUACAUUAUAUACCUCAUUUACGUUUAUUUCAAUUUGAACAUCAAGAGAUCAUUCAUCACAAUAUCGGAUUUACUACAAAUCAUGCACUUAUACAUCAUUUUACUUCGAUAUUUUGGAUAAAACCACGAUGGAAUAUUAAAUUUAAUAUCUUCGUAGAUAUUUUGUGGAAAUUAAGUAUUAUUUUUUCGAUUGAUCCAUCCAAGUAA